AUGGGUACAGCAGAAUCGAAAGGUAAUCAUAGACAUAGAACAAACAAACGUCAUUGUAAUACCAAUGACAUAUCUAUAAUUCAUAAAUGUCAACAUAAGAAAAGACAAUUGGAAGAAACAUUAAAGAUUGGCAGUAAAAGUUUAUCAAAACAAAACAAUGAAACAAUUGUACCACUUAUAAGUUCAUCAUCGUUGAAUCCUAGUUUACAAGGUUCAAUAUUACAUCAUUCAUUUCCUAUGCAACGAUCCCAUCCAGAGAUUCGGAUAACUCCUUAUGAAUUAUCAAACAAUGAAAUAGCAGGAAGUCUCAAUCAAUUCGAUCAUAUUUCUUAUGAUUAUCAAAAACAUAUGCAACGUGUUGAUGAAGAAAAUCGUCCUGUAUUAGAAGGACUUUGUCCUGAUAAGAUGUAUGUUUCAACAAAUGAUCUUCGAAUAUGUGAUACUCAACGAUUACCACCACCAUUACGUUGUAAAAUGACUCAAGGCUUUUUUCGACCUAUUCCUCAAUCACAGUUACAUCAAAAGAAAACUACAUUAAAUUCAUCAUUUCUUUAA